UUGAUAAUUUUCUUCUCAAAGUAUUUUUUUGAAAAAAAAGUNCCCCCCCCCCUAACAACAUUAUAUAACUUUGAGCUUUACAUCAAAGACUCUUUUCGAGUCGUGUUCUCCUCAAAUAAGAAGGACAUUUUCGUGGGAAGACUAAUAUCACUAGAAAUCCUUGCACUUCCUCGUAUCCUUCUAGAAGUCAUACAACUCAUUAGAUCCUUCCUUUCUUCUCUGAUAUUUCUAAGCUUUCCAGUUUUUUUUUCAGUUUUGUUGUUUUUUCCAGCGCUGUAUUCCCUUCCUAUUGCUGUGACUGAACGAUGUUUCGCCACAUACUUCCUGGAAGAUUACGAAAAAAAGCAACGCUCCUUUUUGGGUUAUAUACUUGUAAAUAGCCUGAAUUAUAAACUGAAUAAACGUUAUUACUGGGAGACGAUGAGCCGAAAACGUGGCAUUCGAGCUUAUUCUCUUGGUGAACGCUAUCAAAUCGCCGAGAAUAUAAGAGCAUGUCAGGUUCGUUGCAUCGCCAAUUUUUGA